AUGUCUAAUACGACAACAUUAUCGUCAACUUCUUCAUUAGUUCUUAAUGAAGAAAUGGAUCAUAUAAUAACACUUUGUUCACAUAUUUCUCAAGUGGCUUCUCGUAUACGACUUACGCAUCUUUCAAAUAUUUCCUUUUCUUCAAAAUAUAUUAAAUCCUAUCAUCAUGAAUUAUUAUCAAUGGCUGAAAAUGUUGAAGGUUCUGCCGUUUUACUUGAAUCAUUAUUAGCUGUUGAAAAACGAAAACCUAUUUCUAUUCAAACAAAAAAAUCAAGAUAUCAUUAUACUCGAGAAGAAUUAUUAAAAUUACGUCAACAUGUUACACCAAGUUUAUCUACUCAGAUUAAAAAUACAUUAAAUGAUGUCAUUGAACGUGAAUGUAAUCAGUCAAAUAAACUGGGUAUAUAUUCUUCCAGAAAUAUUCGGACAAUUUUACUUUGA